CGGUGGGGGUACGCCCCGCCCGCGCCGCGCCAGGCCACGUGAGGCCCCCCGGAGCCGCGGGGAUGAAGUUCCACUGCCUGUCCUUCCGGCAGCCCUACGCGGGCUUCGUCCUCAAUGGGGUCAAGACCCUGGAGACGCGCUGGCGUCCCCUGCUGAGCGGCCAUGAGAACGGUACCAUCGCCAUCCACAUUGCCCGCAGGGACUGGGCAGACGCUGCCUGGAGGGAGCUGCUGCUGGAGAGGCUGGGGAUGACCCCCGCUCAGGUGCAGGACUUGCUUCGGGAAGGAGACAAGUUUGGCCGCGGAGUCAUAGCUGGGCUCGUCGAUGUCGGGGAGACUUGGCUGUGCCCAGAAAACUUGGCUCCCCCUGAGCUGCGGGAGCUGGAGAGUCAGGCCGUCCUGAGCGGCCUGGGGCAGAAGUACCUGACGGCGCUUUCCAACCCCCGUUGGUUGCUGGAGCCCAUCCCGAGGCCCGGCGGGAAGGGCGUCUUCCAGGUGGACAUCCCCGAGCACCUGGUCCCUGCUGGCCGCCGGGGUGGGAGGCCUGAGGAGAGGGCUCCUGAGAGGAAGCGACAGAGACUCAGCUGUCAAGCUGUCUCCAUCAAGCGACAGAGACCCAGCCACCCGCCGUCGUUCUGAACCGUCUCCCGGCUGCAGAGAGCGCCCCGAGUGCUGGUCACGAGCCCAGCCCUGCACGGGGAGCAGGGCAGGGGACUGGGGAGCGGGCCCCCGGGUGAGCACCUUCCUGCGUCGUUGCCUGAGCUUCCCGGCCUGGGGCCUUUAGGAAGAGGCAGGACCAGUCCUCGUCCGGGUGUGGCCAGCAACUCUGGUCCCCGUCUCCGGGUGGUACCGACAGAGGCGUCUGGGAGAACUCCCAGGACCUCCGAGCGGCGGCAGAGGACCUGGCGGAGAGACUGGCAGCGCCGCUGAGCCAGGGCCUGAGGGACGGCCUGCAUGGCCUCCUUCCUGAUGGACAGGACGUCAGCUUGGAGCCAGAGCCCCCCUCCGUCCUCCUGACGCCGCUGUCGUCGGUGUGCCCUGCUUCCCGAAGCCUGAGUGUUCAGUGGGUCACACAGCAGCUUCCCGUCCGCGGGCAGGCCCCUCAGUACAUCCCUGAGGUCCUUCCGGAGCCCGGUUUCUCCUGGUGCCGCCUCUGAGCACGAUGGGCUUUCCCCCAGAUGUUGCUGGUAGGGCUUUGCCCCAGAUGUUGCCGUCUUCCGGGCAGGCGCAGUGGGCCUGCCUCCCACGCAGAAGGGAGACGCCACUUGGAGGCCGGCCUGCUCGCCAGCCCCUGGGUCUGGGGCUCGGGGUUCUGGACACCGCGGGGUGGCAAGUUCCUGGUAUCCUGUCCGCUCCACCCCCCC